GCAGCUGCUGUACGGAAGGGUUUUCCUCCAUCAAAGGGCUGACAAGGCAGAGCAGAAGAUGUCGGGCCAGACACUGACAGACCGCAUCGCGGCCGCACAGUACAGCGUGACGGGCUCGGCAGUGGCCAGGGCGGUGUGCAAGGCGACCACUCAUGAAGUGAUGGGGCCCAAGAAGAAGCACCUGGACUAUUUGAUCCAGGCCACCAAUGAAACCAACGUGAAUAUUCCUCAGAUGGCUGACACAUUGUUUGAACGUGCUACAAACAGCAGCUGGGUUGUGGUGUUCAAAGCCUUAGUCACAACACACCAUCUAAUGGUUCAUGGGAAUGAGAGGUUUAUUCAGUAUUUGGCGUCUCGGAACACACUAUUCAAUCUUAGUAAUUUUUUGGAUAAAAGUGGAUCUCAUGGUUAUGAUAUGUCAACAUUUAUAAGGCGCUACAGCAGGUAUCUCAAUGAAAAAGCCUUUUCCUACAGACAGAUGGCAUUUGAUUUUGCAAGAGUAAAGAAGGGAGCUGAAGGAGUUAUGAGGAUGAUGGUGCCAGAGAAGUUGUUAAAGGGAAUGCCAAUUCUUCAGGGUCAAAUAGAUGCACUUCUUGAGUUUGAUGUUCAUCCAAAUGAGCUGACAAAUGGUGUAAUAAAUGCUGGGUUUUUGCUUCUUUUUAAAGACCUUAUCAAAUUAUUUGCAUGUUAUAAUGAUGGGAUUAUUAAUUUAUUAGAAAAAUUCUUUGAAAUGAAGAAGGGGCAAUGCAAGGAUGCGCUAGAAAUCUAUAAGCGGUUUCUUACUAGGAUGACAAGAGUGUCUGAAUUUAUGAAGGUUGCAGAGCAAGUUGGAAUUGAUAAAGGGGAUAUUCCUGAUCUUACACAGGCUCCCAGCAGCCUUAUGGACACAUUGGAACAACAUUUAAAUACAUUAGAAGGGAAGAAAAACAGGUCUGGAUCUCCUGUGGGCAAGUCUUCUCCAGCUACAACUGUCACUUCUCCAAACACCACCCCAUCUAAAACUGUAGACACAUCUCCACCUGUUGAUCUUUUUGCUCACGCUGCUGCAGCAGUAAUUAUUCCGGUUUCUUUUUCAUACAGUUCAUCUAAACUAUCCAGUGAUCUUCUAGAUCUGCAGCCAGACUACGCUGGUGGUGCACAGCCAGCUCCUGCUUCCGCCUCUUCGGGUGCUAGUGCAUGGGGAGAUCUUUUGGGUGAGGACUCCCUUACUGCUCCUACUGCUGCUAUUACCUCAGAGGCAUCUCCGCUUUCUGACCCUUUUUCAGCUGAACUCAGUGCUCCCACUGCUGCACCUGUUGAGACUACAGCUCCUCCGAUUUCCUCUGCCACUAUAACUACUGUAACUGCUGAAAUUGAUCUCUUUGGAGAUGCCUUUGCCGCUUCUCCUAGUGAGGCUCCUGCAACACUUGAUGGGGCUUCAGCGCCACCAACUCCUACCCCUGUUGCAGCAGCCCUCGAUGCAUGCUCUGGAAACGACCCUUUUGCCCCAUCCGAAGGUAGUGCAGAGGCUGCUCCUGAGCUGGACCUUUUUGCUUUGAAGCCAACAGAAACCACUGCUCCUGUAGUUACCCCUACGACUAGUACAGCUGCUACAGCUCUAGCAACUACUCCUUCUCCUCCUCCUCCUCCUGCAGCAGCUUCUGCUGCCACUACUACAACUGCUACUACCACUACCACUGCUGCCACCACAUCUGCCAUCACCACCACAACAACUACUGCUCCUCCUGCUCUAGAUAUAUUUGGUGAUUUAUUUGAUUCUGUUUCGGAGGCCGCCGCUGCUGCUCCUAAGCCAGAUGUUACACCUAGCAUAGACCUGUUUGGCACAGAUGCUUUCUCAUCCCCACCGCAUGGGGCCUCUCCUGUGCCUGAAAGUUCCCUCACUGGAGACCUCUUAUCUGUGGAUACAUUUGCCGCUCCAUCUCCUGCGCCCAUUGCCUCUCCUGCAAAGAUGGAGUCUUCAGCUGUUCUUGACUUGUUUGGGGAUGCUUUUGGAGCUGUUACUGAACCACAACCUGCAGCCCUGGCACCAACUUCUUCAUCAGCAUCCGCAGACUUAUUGGCUGGAUUUGGAGGCGCAUUUAUGGCCACUUCAUCAUCACCAAUCACUCCAGCUCAGAAUAACAUAAUCCAACCUACUUUUGAGACCGCAUUUGGAGCAAACCAACCAACUACCACCACCGCUGCUGCUACUGGUGGAAGCACUUUUGAUUCUUCAGUAUUUGAUGGUUUAGGAGAUCUUUUAAUACCAACCCUGACCCCCACCUCCCAGACACAAACAUCUUCAGUAACAUCUUCUAGCAAUGCCGGAAGCAAAGGGAUCGGAAGUGACCUGGAUUCUUCGCUUGCUAGCUUAGUAGGCAAUCUUGGAAUUUCUGGCACCACUGUUAAAAAUCAGUGGAAUGCCGGGGAGAAGAAGCUAACUGGAGGUGCAAACUGGCAACCAAAAGUAGCACCAGCUACAUGGUCAACUGGUGCAGCAUCAAGUGCUCCUAUGCAAGGGACAUCUUCUCCUGUUGGUGGAACCCCCCCAGCGGCAAGUGCAGCUACAGGUGCACAGCCAGUAGCAGGUUUUGCUAUGCCUUCAGCAGCUGGAGCAGGGGUACCUAUGAUGCCCCAGCAACCCGUGAUGUAUGGCCAGCCUAUGAUAAGGCCGUCCUUUGGUGGAGCUUCAGUUCCGCUCUCUCCUAGUCCAACACCUGCUUCCCCAAGUCCUAAGAAACCUCCAACAAAGGAUCCAUUAGCAGAUCUCAAUAUAAAGGAUUUCUUGUAAACCUUUCAGAUGCUGUUUUUGUGAAAUGAAUAUGUGAAUUUGGAGCCUACAAAGAACAGAUUUGCUGCUCAGAGUUUCUAAAUGAGCCACCAGUACCAAACCCAGUGCUUAGAUUUCUCUCUCUUCUGAAAUGUGUAACAGAGCUGUGAAAGUAAACAUUAGGAAUGUGUACUACCUUAGCAGUUAUCCGCUAUCUCUCAUUUUUUGUGUAUUUGGGAUCUCUCUGUGUUUUACAGUUUUCACAAAUGGAUAUAUGUUCCUCAUGCCUUCUAGUGCUUUUAUGGACCUUUAUGUUGGGAACAAAAUAUGCAGCUAUUGUGCGCUGAGCAAUCUGGAGCAAAAGUGUCUGUUUUGAAGGUUUCCGUAUAUAUAUUUAUGAACUUUUGAACAUGCCCUGAUUCUUCUGUCUGUUAUGAACUAUUGUUUCAUAAUACCAGAGCACCCUCCAAUACAAAAACUAUUUUUGUGUGUAUGUGCAUCUGUGUGCGUGUGAACUACCCACAGGAAUAUCAAUUGUGAAAGAAAUGAUUUUUUGUCUAUUGUGCUUCUGUAUGUUAAAAAAAAUAUUUAUAAUUUAAAGUCCAUAUAAAGAUAAAAAUGCAACUCCUGUUUUCUGGGUGUUUGCACACCCUGCUGCAAAUGGUCAUAUCAGAGAAAAUACAUAUUUAUUAAUAAUUAUUGUUUUAAUGUAUAUAUUUUAAUUAUAUUUUUGUUCACAAUAUCUGACCUAGAAUAUUGAUCAAGUUUUAUUUAAUUUUUUUUUUUGCACAAUACAUAAAGCAAGUAAAAGGGUAUUUGUGUGCUCAUUUUAUGUAGAUGAAAGUCUCUGAUGAAAAACACAGCUGCAGUUAUUUUCAAAACCCUUAAUCUUGUGUAUUUGUACUUAAUCCUAAAAAUAUAAUAUAUACUUUUUUAUGUUUUAUUGCAAAUUUAGUUUACUUGUGCUUGUUUUGUGUUUCAUUUAGACUGUUGUUUUCUUCAUUGUCUGAAUUCUCUGUGAGUAGUUUUUGUACUGUUUGUGGCCCCCACACAGAUAAGAGCAAUUCUGCCCUUUAUUGUACAUAUUGUGCGAGUUACACUUUCCGUUGACACAUUCAUACUAUUUUGUGCUGACGGCUUGGCUUAAGGUUUUGGUGCAUACAAAUACGGUCACUGUUGAUCAGUGUUACAACUGGCUUGACAGCUGUGUGUAGAAGAAUGUUGGCUAAGAAAGAUAUUCACCUGUUGUCUUUCAAAGUAACUAUUUAAUCAAUGGUUGUAUCUGAGUUUACUAUGGGGAAAACACACUCUGAAUGGGGAUAAAAGUAUUUAAAAUCGA